GGUUUGGGGGGUGCGUUGCCCGGAGACGGAAAGUUUGGGAGCCGGAGCAGGCUCGGCUGCGGCCCCGGGAAGGGGGUCCAGGGGGCGGUGGCCCUGGGGAUGGGGAAGGAGCAGGAGCUGCUGGAGGCGGCCCGCACCGGGCACCUCCCGGCCGUGGAGAAGCUGCUGUCCGGGAAGCGGCUCUCCUCAGGCUUCGGGGGCGGCGGCGGCGGCGGCGGCUCCUCCGGGAGCAGCGGCGGCGGCGGCGGCGGCGGCCUCGGGUCCUCGAGCCAUCCCCUCUCCAGUCUGCUCAGCAUCUGGAGGGGGCCAAACGUGAACUGUGUUGACAGCACUGGGUACACACCUCUACACCAUGCUGCUUUGAAUGGCCAUAAGGAUGUGGUUGAGGUUCUUCUGAGGAACGACGCGCUGACCAACGUGGCCGAUUCUAAAGGCUGUUACCCUCUGCACUUGGCAGCCUGGAAAGGAGAUGCCCAGAUAGUGCGGUUGCUCAUCCAUCAAGGGCCCUCACACACCAGAGUCAAUGAGCAGAAUGCUCUUGAGAUCAAAGAAUUCAAAAAGUACGGCCCCUUUGACCCUUAUAUCAAUGCCAAGAACAACGACAACGAGACGGCCCUGCAUUGUGCAGCGCAGUACGGCCACACGGAGGUGGUGAAGGUCCUCUUAGAGGAGCUAACAGACCCCACCAUGCGCAACAACAAAUUCGAGACCCCGCUGGACCUGGCGGCGCUGUACGGGAGACUGGAGGUGGUGAAGAUGCUCCUGAACGCGCACCCCAACCUCUUGAGCUGCAACACUAAGAAGCACACCCCCCUGCACUUGGCAGCAAGGAACGGCCACAAAGCCGUGGUCCAGGUCCUCCUGGACGCCGGCAUGGAUAGCAACUACCAGACGGAGAAGGGCAGUGCUUUGCAUGAGGCUGCUUUGUUUGGCAAGACCGAUGUGGUGCAAAUCCUGCUGGCUGCAGGAAUUGAUGUCAACAUAAAAGAUAACCGUGGACUGACUGCCCUAGACACCGUCCGGGAACUGCCUUCUCAAAAGAGCCAGCAGAUAGCAGCACUGAUUGAAGAUCACAUGACUGGAAAAAGAAGCGCAAAAGAGGCAGAUAGAACCCCCACAUCCCAGGGACCUGUCAUCUCCAGUAUGGACUCCAUACCCCAGAAAUCUCAGGGUGACGUGGAGAAAGCAGUGACCGAACUGAUCAUUGAUUUUGACACAAACGCUGAAGAGGAGGGUCCCUACGAGGCGCUCUACAAUGCUGUCUCCUGCCAUUCGUUGGACAGCAUGGCCAGUGGGCGAUCGUCUGACCGGGACUCCAUGAGCAAGGAGGCCGAGGCAACAGGAGUGAAAGCUGCUGGAGUGAGGCCUAGGGAACGUCCACCGCCUCCAGCAAAGCCACCACCUGAUGAAGAGGAGGAAGACCGUAUAGAUAAGAAGUAUUUUCCAUUGACAGCUUCUGAGGUCUUGGCCAUGAGACCCUGGAUUCAGGGAAGUGCAGCCAGGGAAGAGGACGAGCAUCCUUAUGAGCUCUUGUUAACAGCAGAAACAAAGAAGCUGGUAUCCGUGGAUGGAAGACCAAAAGACCACAGGCGGAGCAGCAGCAGCCGGAGCCAGGACUCUGCGGAGGGGCAGGACGGGCAGGUCCCAGAGCAGUUCUCAGGUCUCCUCCACGGCUCCUCCCCGGUGUGUGAGGUGGGGCAGGACCCUUUCCAGCUGCUCUCUGCCACUGGCCAGAGCCAUCCAGAAGGGUCCCCCGCACAGGGCGCCUGUCACGAGGCCAGCAUGCAGCUGGAGGAGACGGGUGUGCACGCUCCUGGAGCCUCCCCGCCCAGUGUCCUGGACCAGAGUAAGAGAGUGGGUUACCCAGCUGGCCUGCCCACCACCAACAGCCAAUCGCACCCCGAAACUUUGACUCACACGGCAUCUCAACACCCUGGUGGUGCCGAGGAAGAAAGAGACCGGAGUGGGGCUAGAAGCCGAGCCCCUCCCACCAGCAAACCCAAAGCUGAACUCAAACUCAGCCGCAGCUUGUCCAAGUCUGACUCUGAUCUCCUGACCUGCUCACCCACGGAGGACGCUACAAUGGGGAGCCGGAGCGAGUCCUUGUCCAACUGCAGCAUCGGGAAGAAGAGGCUGGAGAAGUCGCCCUCCUUCGCCUCGGAGUGGGAUGAGAUUGAGAAAAUCAUGAGCUCUAUUGGAGAAGGGAUUGACUUUUCUCAGGAACAACAGAAGAUCUCAGGUUCGCGGACGCUGGAGCAGAGCGUCGGGGAGUGGCUGGAGGCGGUUGGGCUGCAGCAGUAUGAGAGCAAGUUGCUUCUGAAUGGCUUUGACGAUGUCCGCUUCCUGGGGCCUAACGUGAUGGAAGAGCAAGACCUGCGGGAGAUUGGCAUCAGUGACCCACAGCACCGGCGGAAGCUGCUCCAGGCGGCACGGUCCCUGCCCAAGGUGAAAGCUCUGGGCUAUGACGGCAACAGCCCCCCAUCAGUGCCCUCCUGGCUGGACUCCCUCGGUCUGCAGGACUACGUCCAUUCCUUCCUGUCGAGUGGCUACAGUUCCAUUGACACUGUGAAAAACCUCUGGGAACUGGAGCUUGUCAACGUCCUGAAAGUCCACCUGCUCGGCCAUCGCAAGCGCAUCAUCGCCUCCCUCGCAGACAGACCCUAUGAGGAGCCACCCCAGAAGCCCCCGCGGUUUUCCCAGCUGAGAUGCCAGGACUUGCUCUCCCAGACAUCAUCCCCGCUGAGCCAGAAUGACUCCUGCACUGGCCGCUCCGCUGACCUGCUGCUGCCUCCUGGGGACACGGGCAGGAGGCGGCAUGACAGUCUUCAUGACCCUGCGGCACCUUCUCGAGCGGAGCGCUUCAGAAUCCAGGAAGAGCACCGCGAGGCCAAGCUGACCCUUCGACCCCCCAGCCUGGCCGCCCCCUAUGCCCCUGUGCAGAGUUGGCAACACCAGCCGGAGAAACUCAUCUUCGAGUCCUGCGGUUAUGAAGCUAAUUAUCUGGGCUCCAUGUUGAUCAAAGAUCUUCGAGGGACAGAAUCCACCCAAGACGCCUGUGCCAAGAUGCGGAAAUCCACCGAACACAUGAAGAAGAUCCCCACCAUCAUUUUGUCCAUCACGUACAAAGGUGUCAAGUUCAUCGAUGCCUCCAACAAGAACGUCAUCGCGGAGCAUGAGAUCCGGAACAUUUCCUGUGCGGCCCAGGACCCAGAGGACCUCUGUACCUUUGCCUACAUCACCAAGGACCUGCAGACCAGCCACCACUAUUGCCAUGUUUUCAGCACGGUGGAUGUGAAUCUGACCUACGAGAUCAUCCUGACGCUGGGGCAGGCGUUCGAAGUGGCCUACCAGCUGGCCCUGCAGGCCCAAAAGUCCAGGCCGAUGGGGGCCUCCGCUGCCGAGACGGUUGAAACAAAGUCUUCCAAACCGGUGCCUAAGCCUCGGGUCGGCGUGAGGAAGUCAGCACUGGAACCGCCCGACACGGACCCAGAUGCCCAGUCCCAUGCCAGUGUCUCCUGGGUUGUGGACCCUAAACCAGACUCUAAGCGGAGCCUCAGCACCAACUGAGCCACCGAAGGAGCCAACUGUGCCGCGGAAACACAGACGUGGGGAGCACAGGCUCCCGCCGCCGCCACCGCCGUGUCACCUGCGCUUUGAGGACCCAGGCCCAGCCUCUGCCUGUAGCAGCUCCUCAGGGCUGCUUGGCCUGGACCUGCCACCACCAGGUCUCACAGAGCGAGCUGCACUCCAGGCCUCGAGCAGAUGAGACUGGAACUCCAGAGAGUCAAGAAGUGACUUGUCCAGAAGAUGUUUUUUAAUAGAAAAAAAUUUUCUAUAAAAUGAAUUUUUAAGACUUGGCUCAAACCUCUAGGUUAAACUGCCAAUCUUUAGAGAAAUGGCCAUCAGACCAGAGGACAGGGGACCUGAGAUUGGCUAAAAGGCCAGUCUGUCCAGGCUUCUGUCCUCAGGACGGGACCUUGGUGUGGUCCGGUAGGGUGAAGAGAAGGCAAUGGCCCAUGGGUGAAUUGAAAGCAGGCACAAGUGGGCAAAAUUGAGUAGGUCUGUUAGAGUCCACUUUUCAAACCCAGCCAAGCUAGUUGCCAUUCCUUAUGAACUGCACGACUUCUUGUCCCGUCUAGAGCCGGACACAGCCUCAGCAGUGAAAACACAGCCUUAGGGGUACCCGGCAAAAGGAGAGACUUCCAGUCCGUUUCUGGGGUUCCAAAUGUGAAGGCCCAGGGGCCAGACGGAGCUGAGCGAGCAGCCCCUGGUGCCACGAAGUCUGAGCCAGCGCCCGGAGCUCUGGGCCGCUCCCCAGCCUCUGACCUGGCAGUGGUCAGAGCACCGGCCCACACGCUCUCUGGCGACCUCAGACUGCCUGAGUUCAGUUGGAGAGAAGCAGCAGCUUUGUUUUGGGCAUUAAUGGGUAGGUCAGCUAAGACUGCUACCUGCCAAUUUGUGAUUUGUCUAAUCGGGUCUGUGUGAUUAGGACUCACUUUGAUUCUCUGAAUUAUUGGUUCGACUGUUGUAUUUCAGCUGCUGGAUUCUUCCCUGGCUCUAAGUGUGGAGAAGGCUAUAUUUAGCCUUCUUGGGUGACAGUCAACUUGAUUCUCCCCCAGCGUGGCCUUCAGGGCAGGCUGGGGUCCUGGUGCAGCACUGCCACUUAAGCCCUCCUGCUGGCUUGCUUUGCUUUUUAAUUUGGAAUCUUGCUCUGUGCUCAAGUGGCGAAGGGAAUGGGGAGGGGGGUGGGGGGGGACAGAGCGGUUCCUGUGAGGCUGAGGCAGGGCCAGGCCAGCUGCUUGCCCAGUACCUUCCAGAGUAGGGAGCGGAGAGGAGCCUUUUCUCCCGCCGGUGAUUCAGCAGACCUCACGCUCUGCUGGCGCGGUGCAGGCCGCUCCCGGGACCAACAUUCCAGGUUCGGUGGCACUUCUUUCCCAGUGAAGGUGGUGAAUUGAAAUUCUCUGGUGGUUCUGUGCGGGGAGAGUGCUCUUGGGCACACUCACAACCCCUGCGGUUGGCCAGAAACGGAAAGCCUGGCCCUGUCCUCCUGCUGACUUGCUCUCUGCCCACCACCGCAGGCCCCGCCAGUCCCCUCCUCUCUGGAGCAGAGGCGGGUAACACCCCACUUUCCGGUACUAAACAAGGACCUCAACACCCGGACGCUUGGCUUCACUUCCCACUUCUUCCGAGGCCCGUGAGCUUCCCAUCCGCGGCCGCCGUGCGAUGUCCCGCCCGCCCCUGCCGGCCUUGAGCCUCUGACGGAGGAAACCCGAGGGCCGUGCUAGUGCCGGCACCCUCGCCUCCACCCGCGGACGGCCUGGCCUCCCCCCAGUGCGCCUCCCGUGCGGGAGGCCCCAAAAGAAAACCGUGUAGACACUACGAUGAGCUGCUCAAGCUGUCUUUUUGUUUUUAAAUCCUCUGUAGGUGUUUCCUCCCCUUGAAGCUGCUAUAUCCUUAUUUAUUCAGGGUGUUGUCAUGUUGGAAAUCCUUGGCUAGUCUGCUCCGGCGCUGGGUUUCGUUCUGAGAUGGGUUUCUUUCUGAAUAGUCAAGAAGGGUAGGGACUGGAUCUUUCUUUCCUUCUUACUUUUCCUGUGGGGCAGGUACUCUUCCUUCCCUAGAAAGGGAUAGUGUAACUUUAAGGACAGGCUUCAAGCGGAAAAGCCCCUGCUUCUGCACUUCUCUGAGUCUCGCUGCGUUUUCUGAGCUGUGCAGGAGCCCUUUCAGGCAGGACUGGAAACGGAGUCAGUACCUGGCACCGGCCUCAGGUUCUCUGCUUGCUUCUUUCCCUCUCGCCCGGCUGGCUGCUCUGAGCAGUAGGACCCCCUGACAGGCUCUGCAUUUGCAAAUGCUCCACAUCCCUCUCUGGUCUCUAGCACCGGAUUCUAGAGGGAGUCCCUGAGAAGCUUCUGGCUGAGCAGGCAGCAAACAUAGUUGCAGUCGUUACAACAUUAGAAAGCUAGUCUGACCUCGGUCUGUUUCCGAAAUGCCCAGACCUGCAGAAUGACUGUCAGGUGCAGUUCACAAAAGUGUUGUUGCUAAUGGUGUGGCAAUGGGACUGAAUUGUAAUAAAAAUGUUAUUUAAUCUUUGUCUCUGUAUUUUGAUACUUGAAUGAAUUCCCCUUUUAUUUUACUGUACAUAUAAUUGUUAAUCUGAUUUUGUCCGAAUUACGAACAUCUUGUGGUACCAAACAUAACCGAUCUGUGCAACAACAUAGACUGACCUCACUACAUGAGAGAGAGUGUAAAUAUCCCUGGGCUUCCAGCUUUGGUUUUGUUAUUUUCAUAACUGUACAACUUAGAACAGACUGAAUUAAUAAAGGAGAAGCAACAUGAAA